UUGUGUAUCCAGCAAUGUUCACAGUAAUUUAAAAUUCAUACUGUCUUUUUUUAGUUUCAAUUCAAAUUUUAUUCUUUUUAUAUUAUUGUUUAUGACCACUUAUUAUAAAUAUCUAUUUAAUGUAAGUUUUUAAAUCCGUAAACAAUCUAACUCACAUUAUUCUUGUAAAGAGAUAUGAGAGCUUCUAAAGUCAGCGACGGGUAUUAAAUUUCAAAAUUUAGUAGAUAAAAAAUAUAGACGAACGACAAUAUUUAUCCUUGUGACAAAUCACUAGUACAUCACCUACAAUUCAAGAUGGCUUCCCACUGGCAAUUGGGUCUCCUUAUUAUUCCUUCGUGGGUGUAGUCCCAAAGAAAAGACCGUUCGGUACAAUCAUAGAAACAUUUGACCACACACACACGCACUUAUGCAUCUGGAGUAUAAAUAAGCUUAAAAUAAAACACGACUUUUUAAUUUCUUAUUAAGGAAAACUCUGCAUACAAACGGAUUGCCAUAUUUUGAUGCAAAAUGAGCGAAUAUAUAGUUCAAAUUAAUCAAGGAACUUUAAAAGGCGUUGCAUUAAACACUGAAUUUGGUGAAGUUAUAUGCUUCAAUGGGAUUCCAUAUGCAGAACCUCCCAUCGGCAAUCUUCGAUUUAGGGAUCCCCAACCUCCAAAGUUCUGGGAAGGAGUGCGAGAUGCAUCAGAGGAAGGAGGGGUUUCAGCACAAAUUUCCAUGAUUAAUGAUGGAAUAGUUGGUGAUGAUGACUGUCUCUAUCUGAACGUGACCACCAAAAAUUUGUCAGCAAAAAAACCUGUAAUGUUCUGGAUUCAUGGAGGGGGUUUUACCGUUGGUUCAGGUGGUGCACAAUUACACAGGCCGGACUAUUUUCUUCAACAUGAUAUUGUCUUUGUCUCAAUUAAUUAUCGCCUUGGGAUCUUAGGAUUCCUGAACAUGAAUAUAGAUUGUUGCGCAGGAAACCAAGGUCUAAAGGAUCAAGUUUUUGCUCUCAAGUGGGUUCAGGAAAAUAUUGAAAAGUUUGGUGGUGAUAAAAAUAAUGUUACCAUUUUUGGUGAAUCUGCGGGUGGUGCAUCGAUUCAUUAUCUCUGCAUCUCACCUUUAGCUAAAGGCUUAUUUCACAAAGCAAUUAUCCAGAGUGGAGCUGCCAAUAAUCCUUGGGCUUUUCAACUUUCUAAUAAGGAAUAUGCUAUAAAAUUAGCUGCUAAAUUAGGAAAUUCAUCGACUAAUCCUGAAGAAAUUGUAAAGUUUCUCCAGACUCUAGCUGCACAAGACAUAGUUGUGGCCCAAAAGAAAAUUUUUGUAAACAAAACAAAGGUUUUAGACUUUCUUUUUGUACCAUCUGUUGAUGAUAAAAGCUCAAAUCCAUUUUUACCAAAACCAUUAGAUGAAAUGAUAGCAAAUGGCAUCGAUGUUCCUGUCAUAAUUGGUUACACGUCCGAUGAAGGAAUACUUACGUUAGCGGAUGGUGCCUCUGAAUCUGAACAAUUUUACAAGAAUUGUGACAAGACUUUUGAAACAGAUUUAGCCAGCGACUUCAAACUAGAAUCAAGUACCCUAGUGUCUCAUUUGUCGAAAGAGGUUAAAAAUUAUUACUUCAAAGGUAAUCCAAUAACGAAAAAAGAACAGGCUGCUCUUGUUCAAUAUAAAGGCGACAUCAACUUUGUGAAUGGAAUUAUGCAAAUGUUAGAUAUACAAAGUCAGAAAAACACGCUAACCUAUCUUUAUAAAUACUCACAUCAUCCCAAAUAUUCCGUGCUACAGAUGGCAUUAAAUUUAAAGGUGGAAGUUAUAGGGGCCUGCCAUGCCGAUGAUCUAAUUCAUCUCUUUUACAUGAAUUCUUUAAGUGAUAGUUUGCAACUAAAAUGUGGCACAACUGACUAUUUAUUGAUGGAACAUAUGACAAAAAUGUGGACAGACUUUGCAAAAACAGGGAAUCCAACUCGAAGUGAAGCUGUCAAUAUAAAUUGGCCUCCAUAUAUUUCUGAGCGCAAAUCUUGUCUUCAAAUUAAAAAGGAUUUAGCAAUUAUUGAGAAUUUCGAAGAAGAAUCGUGGAAAUUCUGGAAACCUAUAUUCAAUAAAUAUAAAUUGUUUUAAUUUCAAAGUAUAAUAUAUAUUUAAGUAUUAAAGUCUUUGAUGACUUUCUCAAUUUAAUUAGAUUCAAAGAAAUAAUUAUUUUUCGAAAAAAUUUAGUGAUAGUAAGUUUGGUAAGGUCUCAGUGCAACGCUUUUAUUCAAAAACAGAUGAAAUUAUUUUCUAAAUGUCAUGAAGGAACUAUGAAAGAUCUUUUCAGGUUACAUUAAUCUGAAUGUAAAAUACCUAACAUCUAAAUAUGUUAUAUGUGCAAUACAGCUUAGUAGCGCAGCGUUGCUAAAUAAAGUAAUAUAAAUUUCCUAUUA